AUACAGAGAAAAAUCUUGAGAAUGUUGUAUUUCGAGGAUGCACUUUGGAUUCGCGAAAAUUUCUGGAAAGACGCAAUUGGAACUUUAUAUUUUGCACUUGGAUUUAGUGGUAUUGCCUUUCACCUUAUAAUAAUAUCGAUACUACCUGAAAUCUCUAAUUUUAUUUCACAUCCUGCUGUUCUGAUAUUAUCAUCUCAAUUUACUGCUUCUCUUAUACAAUUAUUUGUAGUUUUUGUGCCAGUUCCAGCAAUGAUAGCGGUGAACCAGCCAUACUUUGUCAACCCAGUUAUGAUAAAUGUUCCUGCUUUUCUACUUAUUUUAUCACAAUGUUUUGCUUUUGUUUUGGUGAUAAUUAUUGGAUUCUACCGUAGUCUGAGAAUUGUUUCGAGCAAAGCUGGAAAAUUAAUAUUCCCGGACAAGGUUAUUUAUGUGAUUAUCAUUGGUGUAUUUUGCUUCUCAUUUUUCUUCACAGUAAAUAUAUGUGCACAUACCACAAUUCGUCGUUUCAAUCCAUCAGAAUUAAAUUGGAAAUUACAAUAUUUUGAAGUGAUAUCAUUUAUCUACCUAGUCGCUUUUAUCAUUGUUCCAACUACACUUUUUUCACUUAUUGCAUUAUCUUUUUUGAUUUACAAAAAGCUUUUCCAAAAACCACACACCUCAGAGGACGGAGAAGAUGAAGAUGAAACUGAUGCACCUCGGGAAACAAUUUGCUCCCUAUUUUUCUAUAUCAUAUUUGAUUUAUUCUUUUGUUUUUGGAUCUGUAUGAGCUUCUUAUCAUCAGUUCCAUUUUUAUCAUUGUCACACGUGUUUUUGACAGCUUACUGGCCAUUAAUGACUUCUCUAACACUGGAUGUUCAUAUUCGAGCGGCACUAUUCUACCGAAUUCGAAAUGUUUUCCAACCACAAUCAGCCAACAGUCCAAUCGUAAUUCGUCCGAAUAAAAAAGAAACCGUCAAGUUUUCAAAGUUUUAAAAUGCAUGAAACUAUUUCUGUUUGGUUUUUGGUUUUUGAUAUUAAAUGCAUCAUUUAUUAAAUAAAUUAAAGCCAAUUUAACCGCAAAAUAUUUCCCAUUACAAUCAAUGAAGCCAACACCAAAAUACUGUAACUUGCAUUCAUUCGAACUGAAUUCGUCUUGCCAGCUCUCAUACUUCUAACCGAUUUCAUUGCCCGUUCGGUAUCAUAAUUGCACAAAUGAGCCUGGCAUAACCAUUGUUCAACUCCAAGAAUUCGACGAUGUCCACUUUUUAAAUGGCUCCAACUAUUUCGUUCAUUCAAUGAAAUGCAUCCUUUUGAUA